GUGUGAGUCAACAAACCAAAUAAUAAACUAAUUAAAAAAAUUAAACAAUUUAAUUAUUUUACUUGCGAUUUUAAUAUUUAAAACAACGCCUGCCGUCAAAAACUUUCAUAAACCUUGUUUGUUUUUAAAGGAGUGGCUUGCCUACAUUUUCAAAUGUCUAUUAAUCAAGAGAAUCGCCCUGAACUGUAUGAAGAGGUUAAGCUCUACCACAACGCCAGGGAGAGAGAAAAGUAUGAUAACUUAGCAGACCUUUAUGCAGUGGUAAACACCCUCCAGCAGCUCGAGAAGGCUUAUAUAAGAGACUGUGUUACCCCAAAAGAAUAUACUGGAGCUUGCAGUAAAUUAUUGGUACAAUAUAAGGCAGCCUUUCGCCAAGUGAGAGGAGAUGAGUUUCCUACUAUUGAUGCAUUUGUUAAAAAAUAUAAACUUGAUUGUCCUGCUGCCUUAGAAAGAAUAAAAGAAGACCGUCCGAUCACUAUAAAAGAUGAUAAAGGAAACACUAGCAAGUGUAUUGCCGAUAUUGUGUCCCUUUUUAUUACCAUUAUGGAUAAACUUCGUUUGGACAUCAGGGCCAUGGAUGAUUUACAUCCAGAAAUUAGGGAUUUAGUUGACACUAUGAACAGAUUAAGCAUCUUGCCAUCAGAUUUUGAAGGAAAGCAAAAAGUGACCGAGUGGCUGAGCACUUUGAAUUCUAUGCAGGCUUCGGAUGAGUUAUCGGAGUCGCAAGUGAGGCAAUUGUUGUUCGAUUUGGAAAGUUCUUAUGCGGCUUUCAAUAAGGUGUUGCAUGAUACUACUUAGGAUUUUUCUUUGGUUUGAAAUCAUGUUUAUAGGUCAUAAUAUGUUGUUUAUAAUAGAGCUUAUUAUUGUGUCUGUUAAGCUGCAGGUUAAUGCAUAUAGUUAGGUUAGGAUGUCUUUUAAAUAUAUUAUAUUAUCUUAUUUUUAUAA